AUGAAGGUGUGGAUUUUGCAAUUGAUGGCAGUACUAUUAUGGGUGGCACUUCAUCACCAUUUCAUGGCAAACGCUCAUGACAUUUAUCCACAUCCAGAGCCUAAGCCCAUAAUCGAACCGAAUGCCACCGAUGAAGAUUGGAAGGUUAACUUUACUCAAGCAAAAUCAUUGGUCAUUACUGGGCUAAAUGGUCUCUGCUUGGAAGUAUACAGAUUCGCACCAAAGUUAGUGACAUGCAACGAAAGCGCAUCAAAGCAGAGAUGGCAAUUCCGUACAGAUGGUACUAUACGGCCGGAAACGGAUCCACUCAAGUGCCUGACUGCUAAUGAACUCAAAAUAAGAGGAAUUGUUGUCGUUGUCCAAUGUAGCGAUAGUUCGUCUGCUUAUACAGUUUGGCAAUAUAGAAACACUGAUAGAGCCAUUGUGAAUGCGGCCAGUAACUUGGUUUUGGAUGUGAGUGACUCUAGAGUAACCAGCGAUUCGGCUCAGGUAUUCAUCAUUUUUACCAGCCGUGGAUCAGCUAACCAGAAGUGGUAUACAGAACCACUAAAACUUCAGCUUUCUAUGCUCUGA